UUAUCUACUUGACAGAAAGUUAUGAAAAUGAUCGAAGUGGCUCCUGCUCUAUCUCUCCCUUUCUUCUUCCUACUUCUCUUCUCGUCUUGUUUCUCUCAAGACUGUCCUAACUUGAUUCCAGCUUGCAAUGGUACUACUAACAACGUCAACAAGACUGCACAAUACAGCAUUGUGACAAAUAGCAGUGGCCCUGGACUAGACCAGCGUAUCUGCUUAUCCAGCAACACUACUGACUAUAAUGUCCUCCAAUCCACUUUAAGGAUAGUUCCAGCCAAUCAACACCAGGGCUACUAUUGCAGCGACAUCUCUCUAGGUCCUGGUGCUUGUGCUAUGAAUGAGUCUUCACGAACUAUCCUUUAUUUUGAUACUGAGCUUAUAGCUGGCAAUGAUUAUGGUGCUGUGGAGGUUAACUUUACACGUUUGCCUGGCUCAUUAAGAGCUACAUUUCAGAUUGUUUAUGGUCCUGACGGAAUACAGAGCCUUAAUGAAGCUCAGUACACCCUUCAACCCAGUGACCCCCUCAUCUUAGAAUGGAGGAUAUUUGGAAGCGGUGAAGUUUCUUUUUCUCACACAAACUCUAAUAGAGGCAUAAGUUUGCCCCGACCAGGAAGUAUGAGUACUGCUUUCAUUUCUCAGUGCAUUGACCCACAGUCCAAUGGGUCACUUAUAAGUCCUCCUAAGCCUUUACUGGCUACGUGGAAUGUGCCUGCUGCUAAUUUUGAAGAUGAAGGAGAUUUUAGUGUAAUGAUAUCAAAUUAUAAUUCAUCUGUUUCAGUGACAGUUCAACAAACAGAAGCUCCAACCCUAAGGACCACUAAUGAAACUACUGUCUUUGGAAUGAUUGAUGCAUCAGCUUCUAUUGAGUGUGACAUCCUUUAUACCCUCAAGGCCCCUUCCUGGUACUUUAAUAACGUGCCUCUGAGUGGUGACCGGUACACAAUAUCAGAGAAUAGUCUAGUCAUUGAUAACGCUACCCUAGAAGACAGUGGAAGCUACACCUGCAGUGCUAGUAACGAGAUUGGAACUAGUUCACUGUAUUUCCUGUUGAUUAUUGGAAGCCGUCCAGUCAUCACUGUUCCUCCUUUUAACAUUCAAGCCCGUAAUGAAAGUAGGGUCGUUCUCCCUUGCUCAGUUCAAGGUAUACCGCCUCCAACAGUGUCAUGGACUGUGGAUUCAUACCCAGUGACUGAUGGUGUGGAUGGUUUUAACAUUAUCGACCCUGUCAAUGCCUUGAGCAUAAAGUCUAUCAAUGCAACCAUUGAUGUAAUGUGUAGAGCUAGUAACUUAUUUGGUGCAGUAGAAUCUAAUACAGCACGCAUUACAGUAACAGAUAUAGGUGCUAAUUAUACAUCACCUAAUAGUCCAUCCAUUCUCAUUGACGAGACUGAGUCAGUCACACUCUCUUGUCCUGUUGUUCCUUCAUUCAACCAUUCCCAAUGGAGUAAGGACAAUGUCAACUUAAACAACAACGGCUCAUCAAGCACCUAUACAGUUUUUGGGAAUAGAGCUGGCGAUAGUUGGGGGCUGUAUUGCUGUGAAAUUAGUAAUUCACUUCUAGCGGAUAGUGUUGAUGAUUGCACUGUGGUCAAUGUUGUAGUAAAUCCAAUGAUAGAUUUUCAAUUAUCAAAUGCCAGUGUACGAACUGGUUCAACCAUAUCGUUUGCUUGCUAUGCUAAUACAAGCAACCAUGUCAACCUACCACUGAUCAGAUGGAAUAAAGAUGGCGUGAAUAUUAAUACUAAUGCACCAAGAGUUGUUGUACAGACUGAACGGAAUAGAGUAGCAACUCUGGUCAUAGCAAAUGUGACAUUGGAAGAUGAAGGUGUCUACUCUUGUGUCAGUAGUAACAGUGCUGAUAGGGCAAACACUAGUGCCAACCUCACGGUUGUUGAUGGCAGCUGCUCUAAUAACUCUCUAUCUGAUUCCACUGCUGAGGGAAACAUCUCUCGCUGGACCACAAACCAUCCGUCACUGAGUAAUAGCAUUGUGGCUGAAAGUGGAGGAGAGAAACACUUCACUCUCUCCGCUAGCAGUCUAGUUCCUAAUCCUUCCAUUAGUCAAAAUUUGAGUCUUGAUGGACUGGGAAACUAUACACUUUAUUUUAAGUGUAGAAUGCGUUCGUCUGAUCUUUCAACUCUUCCAGUCAUUGAACUUGCUCCUCCUUCUGGUCCCUCUCUUAAUGUCUAUCUCCCUUUUCCUUCUCUUACUUCAUGGCAGUGGGUUUCGGCUAGCAUCAACUUUAUUGCAGAGUCUUCUGACUCAGUAUCAGUAAUCAUGGCUACCUCUCAAACACAGACUGAGGCAAGCGUGUUUUUUGAUGACCUGUGUGCUAAUUUAGUUCAAGAGGUUUUGGCAUCAAGUUCAAUCAGUGUGACUCCUUCAAGUACUAGUACGAUAAGUCCUAGUACCACUCCUACGACUCUACAAUUACUAGGCGUUGAUUAUUAUUAUGUUGUCGGUGGAGCUGGGGCUGCACUCUUACUCCUCUUGCUGCUUUUCAUAAUUUGUUGUUCGGUAACAAUCUGUUGUUGUAGAAAGAAACGCAAAUCAAGGAGGUAUAGGGGUGCUGAGGACCUUACUAAGAGUUUGACUGAAGAGCUUAAGAACAAUGGCGUCAAGCUUCAAUCAGUGAGCACAAGGUAUACCAACUUUAAAGGACCUGAAAAAGACAUGAGUCCAAUAGAGGCACCUAAGGAGUCCCAACCAGUCUACGUGGUACCAGGAGGCGGGAAUGCACCGGUUUAUCUCACUGGGAAUACGCCUCUCCUACCUUCUUCUUUUGGACAGAGAGAGGAAGUGUCUUCUUACGAGUACAUGGAAGCAACAAGAACUCAUUCUACUAGCUCUAGACUACUUCUUACCGGAGGAGGAGGGGCAGGCUCACCUCCAGAGAUGGUUUAUGAAGACCCCACCACUGGCCCAGAGGAAAUGUAUGAUGAGAUUGUGAAGGGAUCACCCGAGCAUAUGUUAUAUGAGGAUAUGAAAGGAGAAGAGGAAGGCAAAUAUAAUUAUGAAGACAUGAAUGCUCCAGCUGCUCCAUUGCCUCCUCUUCCAUCCCACUCCGUUCAGAAUAGUGACGGGGUUUAUGAAAACCCUCAAGCGCAAUCUGAGCUGUAUGACAAUCCAUCUCCUCCUCUCAAUAGGCCUAAACAUAGCUACAGCUUGCCGAGCGUUCAGCAUAAGAUGUUCCCAACCAGGGGAACAGAGAAAUCGUCUAGUUUUGUAGCCAGUGCCGGGACGAGUAAAAGCCAUUACAUGUCUCUCAAUCCUUCCUCUAUUGAAGACACACAGGUCUACACGAGUCCCAGUCCAAUACCAUCCCCCCCACCAGUUGAGGAAGAGGGUCCGGAAUAUGUAUCCAUAACAAACAAGGUCCUGGAUCUUGUGAGAGAAAGGACAGCUAACCUUGAUACUGAGGACGACUACGUAUAGAAGCCACCAAUGCAAGUCGAAAGAGUAUUAUUAUUAUUACUUACUUACUUUUUACAUAAAUUUCAUUAUUCAGUGCAUCUGUUAUUUUGUGUCAAUUGAUUUUAGCAUCAACCAAA